UUGGUUUACUUAGCAUCCACUACUCAUGAAAUUCAAACUACUGCAUGUUUCAGUGGACUAAAAGAUCGCGACGUUCUCUCGAGAAGUGACCCACUUUGCACGGUUUCUCAGCUUACUCAACUACCGAACGGCAAAGAAAAAUGGAAGAGGCUCGGUCAUACGGAAGUCGUAUGGAAUAGCUUAGAUCCGGAAUUUCGCCCGAAAAAUUCCAUGCGAUUAUUUCUUCGAGGAGCGGCAAAAAAUGAAAUUCGAGAUAUACGACGUGGACAGUUCGACUAG